GGAAGGAGACGCCAUUAGAGGGAGGAGAGGUAGCUCUCCCCUAGCCUCGGGUCCCUGACGUGGUGGCCGGGGCCCUUCAUUCUGGGACUUUCUCGCAGGCCUCGCCCGCGGGAGGACGCGGCGGGGAACCGGGCUCGGCGCGGGGCGUGAGAGAGCCGGGCCCGGGAGGAGCGGGCGCCGCGGCGGCGGUGGUGCGGGGCUCGGCGCGGCGCUGGGCUCGGGCGGCGGGGCAGCGGCGGGAUGGCUGCGGCCGGCGGCGGGGCGGCGGCGGCGGCAGGCCGAGCCUACUCCUUCAAGGUGGUGCUGCUCGGGGAAGGCUGCGUGGGGAAGACGUCGCUGGUGCUGCGCUACUGCGAGAACAAGUUCAACGACAAGCACAUCACCACCCUGCAGGCAUCUUUUUUAACAAAGAAGUUAAAUAUUGGUGGGAAAAGAGUAAACCUUGCCAUAUGGGAUACAGCAGGUCAAGAGAGAUUCCAUGCAUUGGGUCCAAUUUACUACCGAGACUCGAACGGGGCUAUUUUAGUUUAUGAUGUAACAGAUGAAGAUUCUUUUCAGAAGGUAAAAAACUGGGUCAAAGAAUUACGGAAAAUGUUGGGAAACGAAAUCUGUUUGUGUAUAGUUGGUAAUAAAAUAGAUUUGGAAAAGGAGAGACAUGUCUCCAUUCAAGAAGCAGAAUCGUACGCAGAGUCUGUGGGAGCAAAGCAUUAUCAUACUUCCGCCAAACAGAACAAGGGCAUUGAGGAGCUCUUCCUCGACCUCUGUAAAAGAAUGAUAGAAACAGCCCAGGUGGAUGAGAGGGCAAAAGGCAAUGGCUCGAGUCAGGCCGGGGCUGCCAGGCGCGGCGUGCAGAUCAUCGAUGACGAACCUCAAGCUCAGAGCGGCAGCGGAGGGUGCUGUUCUUCCGGAUAACUGCUCACGCCUGUGAAACUCAAAACAAAACAGAACUGUGGAUCAUUGCCCUCAACAUGAAGACUGCCAUAUUCCAAGUCACAUCAUUUUACCAAUGGAGUUAUAGAAUUAACAGUAUUUUCAAUUACGUUUAUAACACUGCAGAGACCUUAAGUGCUAAACUUAGUGGAGUUUGUGACCAGAGAAUUGGCAUUUUCUACAAAUGUUAACAAAGCAAUUACCAAUGGCCUUUUUACAUAUUUUUUUCUUUAAUGAGGAAUAAUAUGCAUGUAGAAAAGACCUACUUAAAGGCUUCAUUUAUAUUCUUUUAAAUCAGAUCUUUAUUUAAUAACUUAUAUAUGAUGUUGGAAUGGUAUACAUUUUUGCAGUCCUUUGUAUUUUGUGGUAGUUUGAAUUGAAUCACUUCUAAACAGCAUACUGUUUUUGUUUUUGUUCUUUGAUUAGCAGAUACGUGAAGUUCUAUUUUUGCAGGGUUUGCACAGGCCCCUAACUGUCUACUACUUUGAUAUAAUCUUUAAACAUCCUAUAUGCUGAGCUGGUAAAAUACAUUGUAAAUUACAUAUUAAAUAUUUUAUCUGCUUUUACAAGCGCAAGGUGCAAAAAUAUAUACAAUUGUCUUAUUGAUGACUGUAAGGUGAAUUAACCGUUGGUGAUAAACACCUAAGCUUUUGACUCUGUUAUAACGCUCAUCGCGCCUCACUUGUCUUCACGUGAACACACGUGCUUAAAUGUACACAUACUUUACCUGACUUACUGCUGUUGUCACUUUCCCCUUUUUCUCUGUUUCAUUUUCUUUUCUUUCUUUCUUUCUCUUUGCCUCUGUAUGUCCCAGUGAUCCAAAAGCAGCAUUUGCCUUUUUAUUAUUAUUAAACAAGACUCCUUCUGCCAAUGUUGUUUUAGAAUGGUUACCUUAGAAGAAUUUGAGUGAUGCUUGCCAAGUUUCAUUUCUGCAUCAACUCAAGUCUUCUGUAGGACUUUCAAGGAGAUGGGCUCCCUGGCCUGAGAAGAGAGCUCCUGUAGUAGCCUCUGACCAAGGCUUAUUCAUGCAGAACAUGAGUGGUACUUUAUGCUCCCGAGGUGGCAUUCCUGGGUCCCUUGUGAGGACAUUUUUUUGGUUAUUGCUUGUCAGAAAUGAAUAUAGAAAGCUCUAUUUCAUUUUGUAAGAGUUUUCCUGAGUCUCUAUGGGAAGAAGCAUUUUGUAACGCAGUUACAGCAAACACUGGAAAGAUUUUAUUAUAAAAUCAUAAUCUUGUUUGUUUUGCAAUUAGUCCCACAUUAGAUUUUUUUUCUUUAGCAUUGGACUGAAAUGUGUUCAUUUAGAAAAGAAUCAGGCACUGCUCACAGAAAAAAAAACAGAUUGUGGAAACUAACAUAAAUUGUUCUUGUUAAAACAUAUAUAUAUAUAUUCCCAUUUCUGUCAUGCUUGGAAAAUUAGUAAAUGUGUGUAAGAUGAGAUGGAAUGGUUCCUGGAUUCCCUUCUUGUAGGAAGUAGAAUACAGUAAUGCAGUUAGUAAGCAUCUCUGAAGAUACGAGGAGGUGAUGGUCACUGAGCGAAUGCUACCAGAGUCUUAGGAGUAGCUUACACCUUCUCAAAUAUGCUGAAAGGUGAACGGCUCCCAGUUUAACUAUGUAUAGGAACUGAACUUAGCUUUGUGUUCUUUGAGCCCUCCUUUUAGUUUUACUUACUUACUUACUGACCUUGCCAAAUUAAAAAUGCGGACCUCUUUGCUGUGUGCCUAAUGACAGAGUGGAAGGAGUCAGGAGAAUGAGCUACAGCUGUGGUCCAUUACGAGCUGACUGCACUGUGCCAGCCUUGGUUUCUUGUGAAGUUGGUGUCUGUGCAGGGGCUUAAGGGGCAGCAGGAAGCAUGGGUCACUGGAACAUUUGUUCCUACCCUCCAGCCUUUUCAGGAGUAAGGACUGCUGCCAAUAGUACUGUUGGAGAUAGGAAAUAUAGUCUCCACAUUGGAAUAGAAUACUGUUUCUAGAGUAGAGAUGAAGUUAAAAUAAGUUAAACUUGACCAUCAGAAGGCUGGACUGGAGUUUUUGACGUGCAGUUGUGUCAGUUUCACAUAGGAGCCUCUGCUGUGAGGUCGCAGGUAAUCGUUGCUGGGGUAGAAACCUCCUCCAUGUUGUGCUUUACCCCCUCACCUCUCUCGCCUCUCUCUCUCUCUCUCUCUCUCUCUCUCUCUCACACACACACAAAGAUAAGCGACACGGGGUACCUGCUGUGCUAUGAAGCAUGGAAGAUUUUAAGUUAAAUGAGGCAAAAGGAAACUGGCCAGAACCGUCUGCCGAGGGCAUGUAUAAGGGAAGACAAGGCGAUGGUAGACUAAGAUAGGGUUUGCCUGGUACUGUCUUCCUUCUGUUACAUCUCUGCAUUCCUAACAGCUGUGCUCCCAGGAAAAGGCACAAAACAUGUUGGGGUUGUGGGGAGGGGGAAACCUCUCCACAAGUGUGUGUGUAUAUAUAUAUCUCUCUGUCCCAUCUCUGAAAGCCAGUCUGAGACACUCAUUGCUAUCAUUGUUAAAGUAUGCAGUCACUGUUUCUGUAAUUGGUAUCCUGCUGCUUGGUUUGCUCUAUGAUUGUGGAAGAAGAAGAAUGCUUUUUAAACUGUAUUUAGCAACAGUUUGGGGGGGGGUAAACUAAUCUGAAAAAAAAAAAAAAAAAAGAGUACCAUGUUCUAUGAAAUACAUGCCUGUUGUGUUUGUAGUGUCUCCUAAGAAUAACCUAAAAUCAUGAUUGUUACUGUAUCGUUAUCCUUUUUUUUUUUACAUAUUAGCUCUAAAUUAUUGCUUUUCUUUUUUUAGUUUAAUUUUCCUUUUUUGGUGUUAAAGAACAAUGGUGUUUCUUCCCCUCCCUCCCUCCACCCCUGCCCCUCCUCCCUUCCUUCCUUCUCUCUCUAGUUUCCAGUAAUAAAAGAUAAAGUUGAGGAAAUAGAACUCUAUACCCCAAUAAUGUUUAUAAUCACGUUGACAAAUACAUGGCAAUUCUUGAAGUUUCUAGAUAAGGCAAGAUACACAUUAUGUGUCAAAUAAUUAGAGCAUUUUACAAAGUAGAUUAUGAUACUAUUUCUUUUAGUAUAUAGUUUAUCAUUUUCUGUUUUAUAAAUGCUGUCAGGCUUCUAUACCAUGAGUCUUCAAUAUUUAUUUGUAGAUGAUGUGGGUGCCAUUUGCAAAGGUAAAUUAUAUUAUCACUUGACACA